AUGGUACUAGUCGUGGCCAGUUUAAUAGCAACCAUCACGUACCAAGCAGGACUGUCUCCUCCACAGACUAUUUGGAGCGACAACAUGCAGCUAGACAAGCAAUGCACGUCCCACCAUUCCUUCUUCAGCUCGACAAAUCUAUGCCCCAUGGCUGCUUACUAUCUCUUCAUGUCCUUCAACACUUCUGGGUUCUUCUCCUCCAUUUUCCUCAUGUUCUUCUUCAGGAAGCCAUCCUACGUCCAGGUUCUGCUGCCCGUGGCUCUACUCUCCAUGGUUGUCACCUACGUGACUCUUUCCGUGACCAUGUCCCCCAACGGUCUCUCCUUGCUCCUGAUAUACGUCGCCACACUCUUGAUCUUCCUCUAUUGCAUGUUAGCAGUCGAAGUGGUUAAGACAAUCUUCCGCAAUGCCUUCAGCUUUGCAGCAGGCAAAGUAAGCGACGUGACAAAGGCGAUUAAAAACCGUAGGUCAUCUUCAGCAAAUGUCUCCAAAUUAAGCGCAUGA